AUGCUGACCCUAUACGGUGAGGUCGAGGUUCCGGACUCUACAGCAUCUUCGUUGGCCAGUACCACGUCCACCAGUGUUGUCUACCGAAUCCCCAGCAGGGAUGGGUCGCAAGCUGUAGCAUCGGUGCUGAAGCAAGGGCCGCAAGCUCGAACGAUCGAAGAGUUCUCCCGGUCACAUCUAGCGUCUGCGGGCGGCGCACAUUUCAAGAGCGAGAAAGGCCAUGGCAGCACAAGCUACCUAUGGCGGGUGACAGCCGACGACCGCAUCCUCCAACUUGAGCCAGCCUCUCUCACCAAUACAGAACAGCCGGCAGGACGGUCGACGCGACCAUUGUUCUUCGAGUUCCCCGACCCGAUCCGUGAUCACACAGUCGGAUUCGCAGAUCUGACGGACGAAGAUGGACUCGAGGUAUUCAUCUGCACAAACAAGAACGAGCUACAUCAUCUUACCAUCCCGGCUGCCGCGUUCAGCGCUCAAGAGCAACCCAGCGAGGCGGAACGGCGCAACAGGAUCAGUCAAUGGCACAGACAAAUCAACAUCACUUCGUUACAGAUCAAUACCGUCUUCCGACUGCAAGUCCAUUCAGCGACCGAAAUAUUCCUCUGCUUCACCAGUGGCAGCAUACAGCACCUCACGCGCAAGAGCGGAAGUCAUAAAUGGGACGGUCUGGUGUACGACGAUGCCACAUGGGGAUCAUCAUUCAGCAGCCUGCUUGGUCGUGGUGGUUCUCGGAAGCUGGAAUACGGGUCAACAUAUGUCGACAGCCGCACAGCCCAGGCCAUUCAAGCAUCUGCAGACAGCACCUAUCUCUACACAGUCUGUUUGAACCACCAACUGCGUGUAUGGCAUGUUCCGAGCGGAAAGUUGGUAGUUGCCAAGGACUUACUCGACCAUGAAGGCGACGAGCAUGCACGAACGCUCAGUGCGUUUGAUCGCGGACACCUACAGCAUCUACAAGGCGUUGAAAUGCGUGGAUCAAUCCUCGUCACCUUUUCGCCACGCGAUGGAGGUCAAUUCAAGUUCUGGGAUGUGCGAGGCGGUCUGACAGACACACUGACAGUCUCCGACCGCUAUCCAGGUGUCAAGCUCACCCCUCCAGACCCAGAUCCAACUGGCACAACGGUAUGGUCCAUGGUCAGUUUCCGCGUCGUCCCGUACGGCGAACUCGAUGCUCGUGGGUCGGCACAGCUUUGGAUCCUCUGGCGCAAUAACGACCACUACACCGUCUAUUCACUGCACUUCGACCUCGACGACAUUGGUCGAUCGUGGCCUGAGCACAACUGGCUCUGGUGUGGAAGAUGCCACAACACUGUGCUCAAGUACUUGACGGCACCCGGAAGAUAUCCCGAUGCAGUCCUCGAGACUGCUUUGAAUAUCUUCUCGCGUAGCACAAGUACUCGCUCAAAUCAAACUUCAGACUCUGACUUGUGCCGCCGGAUAUGUGAUGCUAUCGCGCCAGCAGCACGCCUGAAGAAGCAAGAAGGAGGCAGCAUGAACUUCGACGCUUUUUCGUACGAGGUUGACCAAUCUUGGCGAACGUUUCACCGGACAGUAGAGAAGGUCAACGAUACCCGCUUCGGACCGCUCUCACUCGCACAUGAUGGUCAAGUCGCUCGUCCCGUGCUGAUCAUGGCGGACAAGGUGGUAUUGUUGCAGGAACUGGACAGGUUCGGUCUCGCCUUGCACAACAGCACCGACGAACUCUCGGAUCUGGAGUCAAUCGCCUCAAGCCGGUGGCCUCAUCGGCAAGUCUCAACUGAGGAGAGUGGCGUCUCGCUGGGACUACUCGCUCAGCUGUUGCAAUCGGCGAGGAGGUUUGCCCACGAUUUCCCACCUGAUCUUACGGAAGGUCUCGAGGCUACAAUCACAGAUCUCCUAUUCCUUAACGGCGAUCAAGUAAUACCGUCCGUGCUGUCAGAUAUGUACGAUGAUCUGGCUUUUGGCGAAUUGGUCUCAGACGAUGCGUUUCACAGACUAGAGAACAGCUUCAGACCACUUGGCGGCAUCGAAGCACUUAGCAAUGAUCUGAUACUUGCAGCUCUGGGCUUGCUGCCGCAAAUAUCUGGUCAGGAUGGUAGUCUCACGACAUCCAUCAAAGAACAUCUGGGUGGUUAUUUACAGGAUCAGGACCUUCUCAACAGCUUACUAUCAAUCCGAGAAGUUCUUUCCAGCUUGAUCGCUGUGAUCGUCUUUGUGGAAGGCGAGUUCAACCAGGAUGAAGGCGCAAAGAUGCCUAACUUCGACGCGGCCGAGCUUUUCAAUAGGGUCGCACCCAUGCUCAGAACUACCGAGCGCGAUGCCUGGGUGCUGCGACAUUUCAACGGAGUCUCCGAUGGAUCCUCACCACAAGAUCGAUCGACUGGUGCGCGUGAGUCCCUCAAGCAGUUCCUUUACAGAAACGACAGGCAGAUGGGAGAGAACGACAUAUCCGCACCUCUCGAAGCCACCGCAGUUGAUGUUCUCGAGCAUGUUGCAAAUGCAGACUUCAUCACAUCCACUAUCGGCCUCUUCUGUGCUUCUUGCGAUGGUUUCCUGCCUGCCAAGCCAUUUGCUGCCUACAUGCGAGGCCGACUGGCUCUCCUACGACACGAGGUUGAUCGUGCAGAGCAGUACUUCCAUCAAGCGGCGUUUGGUCUCGCCCAUGGCAGGGCUACGCACAGUCUCGUCGAUUUGUCUCUGGGGUUCAUCGAUGAGGUUGAGUCGGACGAUUUUUACAACGGACUACCGAGAUAUCUGCGUCAUGUGAUGACUCUCUUCGAGCAGGCUUCCGCCCAUGCGCAGGUUGUGCACUUUGGCAAAGCGACACUGCAAGCACUCACUACCGAUCAGCGUGAGACUUCGCCAGAACUGAAGUUCGAUGUCCUCAAGAGCCUCCUCAAGUCCAACAUCAGCCUGCUCCGCUUCCGCGCCGCAUUCGACACAGUCACACAACUCAACGACCCCCGGUCAGCUGCGCAGUCAGCAACUCACCUGAUACAAAGCAUCCUGGACACCCAAACCAAUGGCCUCUCCACUAAAGAGACCGUCAACAUACUGCUAUCCUUCCCAUGGGCGCUACACCCCGACCUGGCAGAACGACUAGACGUGCAGCUCACCACCCUUGCCAAGCAGCAAAAAACCAUUUCCACUACAAAUGCAUCAGCAUUGCGACCGUCAACGAUCCUACAAGGCCCAGCCAACGACACCGACACGCCCGACCACCUCUCAAUAGUGCACGCUCUGCGCCUCGCGCAAGGUGACUACCGCGGCGCAAUCGCCGCCUUACACGAUCGGCUGCGUCUGGUGCUGCAGCAGAGUAGAGCUCGCGCUGACCCCCAAGCCACGGCGAUCCGACAUGCAUUGCUUGCGCUGAUUAAUGCGCUGAGCUGUGUGAGCGUUGAGGAGGCGUGGAUUGUCACGGAUAGCAUGACGGAGGCGGCCGAUGAGGCUGCUGAGAAGAAGGCGGGCGGUGGGAGAUGGGGAAUGCCUGAUGUUGACAGCCUGAUUGCUUUCCUCAAAGAGCGAAACGCUGGCGGUGGUAGCGGAGGUGGUAUUGGGGAGAAGCGCGAUAGCGAUGAUGCCGCUGCAGAUGCAGAUGAGGAUGAUGCGAGUAACAGCAGGCCGGCGAAGAAGCGCAGAAGGGUCAUCAUCACUCUGGCAGACCUGAGACGGCAGUAUCAAGACGUCCUCGAUCGGUGUGCGCGGGUUGAGCGCGGAGACUUUGGCUUCGAUGAGGAAGAUGGGGAGGAUGAGAUCGAAGAUGAGGACAUGGAACUGGAAGGAAAUGCUAACGGCGGCGGCAUUCGGCAACGACUUAUCGGCGGGUUUCGUGGUGAUGAUGCUUCUGUGCCGAUGCAGAUCGACGGGCUUUUGGGUAGGAGUGAGAGGAUGGAGCUCACGAUCUUGCCGAAUGGUGGUGCCGGCGCUGGCGGCGAUACGAUGUUGGGUGAAGGGAGGAGCUUGCUUGCUGUUCGGUGA